AUGGGACAGUCUCAAUCUUCCUUUCAGGAACCUCUGAACUUCAGCAUCGCUUCGCGUAGCUCAAGUUCUACCCCCAACACCUCCACCACGAUCGACUUUACGUCGUUCACCACGGAUUACUCCCAGCAAUCAUGGCUUCCCACACCCCCGCCCACCCAGCCCUUGGCUUCCAGUUUGAACAACAGCAACAACAACAACAACAACAACAACAGUGCGCUAGAGGACUUCGUACUCUAUCCCGCUCCAGUGUCCCGUCCGCAGCCUCGUCCCAGAGACUUGCGUGCUCCAGCACCUUCGAGUACUGCCCUUAAGCCAUCUGCUUUGCAGCCCUUUUUGGCCCAAAACAAUCCUCGACGACACAGUUUUAGUCUGCAGUUGCACCGUCAUCUUCAGCAGCAGUUACCUGGCUCUCCUGUUCCAGAUCCCAGAGUGACCAAGCUACCCCGGUCUCCUUCCCACUGGUCUCACUCCUCGCACCACGCUCCGCACAACCGCUUUUCCACUCCACCUUCGUACACAGAUAAACAAAAACAACGCUAUCUGGCUUAUCGCCGCAACAUGUCGACUCCGAACUUCCAAGGUAAGUACCUCGUGCUGUCCGUUUCUUCUGCUGCAUCAGUCGCUCACACUGCCUCAUCAGAAAACGACUACGACCUCUUUGGUCUGCCCUCUGCCGGGUUCCACUCCGGCAUGGCUUCGCCGCUUGACCUCGCCCAGUUGCCACUGGACCACGAGGCUCAAGGCGCUUUCUCCCCCGCUGUGCCCUCUGGCACCGUCUCGCCCAAGGACUUGAUGUUCGAGACUUCAGUUCCUCCCUCGAGCGCUUUCACUGAUCUGAGCACUCCGCCCUUCGACUCACCUGGCACCUUCAGCCAGAAUGCCUCUCCACUGUUCACCGACGUGGACGUGACUUCCGAGUGGCCCUCGCUCUUCAACGAUGGCUCAACCUUAAAUACUUUCGACGCUGAGUUUGGCUUCUCUACCGUCUCCGAGGCCAAGGAGCCUCGGUUCCAGAAGCCCGCGCUCCCCAUAUCGCCUGCUCCCAAGCGCGUUGUCGCAAAGGCCUCGCCUGUCUCUGCCACUGGUUCCACCAAGCACUCCACAGUAUCGGGUAUUUCCCGUGCCCGCAAGGAGCUGUCUCCUGUCGACUUCGACACCAGCGAUCCCCUCGCUGCCAAGCGUGCUCGUAACACCGAGGCCGCGCGUAAGUCCCGUGCUCGCAAGAUGCAGCGUCAGGCUGCCGCCGAUACCCAGAUCAAUGAUCUCAUGGAGCAGCUAGCCGCUAAGGACCAGCUCAUCGAAAAGCUCAAGGCCCAGUUGAAGGCUCAGCAGACCUAUCAGUGA